AUGUGAUAUUUCCUAAUAAAAAUUAUAAUGACUCAAUAUUUUCGAUAUGCACAAAUAGUGAUGGGUCCAGCUGGGUCUGGGAAGUCAAUGUAUUGCAAUAUAAUCCAACAGCAUGCUGAUACACUUGGCAGGACCGUAAGAGUGAUGAAUUUAGAUCCGGCUGCUGAGUACUUUAAAUAUCGCUGUGAUAUUGAUAUCCGAGAGCUAGUCACACUUGAUGAUGUUAUGCAAGAACUCGAAUUAGGCCCUAAUGGAGGCUUAGUGACAGCUAUAGAGUAAGAUUUACUCACUCCCCCCCCUUUAAAUUGGAACAAAAUAUCGGUAAAGUUUCCACUUUUUUUUGGUAAAUUUAACCCAUUUAAAUUGGAACAAAAUUUAAUUUUAUAAUAUAAAAAAUUAUAUAUAAUUUUUAUCUAAAAAGUUUUGAUAUAAGUUAAAUGUUUCUUCUUAACUAAAAUUAAAAAUUUAGUUAUAUCUUGCUCUUUUUUAAAAGAAAAAGUAUAAAGACAUCUUAUUUAAAUAAAUUUAUUAUCCUUAAUUGCUAAAUUUUAAAAAAAAUUUUAAAUUUUUUGUUUUUAAAAAUUUUUCAAAAAAAUUUUUGUUUUUUUGAUAAAAAUGAUAUUUUUUAUUUGGAUAGUUUUGAUAUAAAUUCAAUAGGAAUUCUUUAUAAAAUUUCAAAAAUUUACUUAUUUCUUGCUUUAUUUUAAAGAAUAGAGUAUAAAUAACAUCUUAUUUAAACAAAAUUAGCACUUUGAUCGAUAAAUUUUCUAAAAUUUUUUUUUUUUAAUAUUUUUUAUCAAUAAAAAUAAUAAUUUUUGUGUAAAUAAUUUUGAUACCAAUUAAUAUUGGCGUAUUAACUAAUAAUGAAAAUUUAGUUAUAUCUUGCUUUAUUUUAAAGGAUAAAGAGUAAAUAGCAUUUUAUUAAACAAAUUUAUUGAUCUAAUUCGAUAUGUUUUUGAAAUUUUUUUUUUAAAAAUAAAAUUAACCCUUUAAAUUGGAACAAAAUUUUUUAGUUCCAAUUUAAAGGGGGGGGGAGUCAGAUAUCUUAUAGAAAACACAGAUUGGCUGCGUGACCAGCUUGAUGGGCUAGGAGAUGAUGAUUAUAUUUUGAUAGACUGCCCUGGACAAAUAGAGUUAUAUACACAUAUGACAGUUAUGAAAGACUUUGUAAAGACACUUACUCCCCCCCCCCUCCGUGAGCGAACAAAAAAAUUUUGUUCACUCACGGAGGGGGGUUAAUUUUUUUUUUUUAAAAAAAUUUAUAUAUAAAUUUUAUAAAAAAUAUUUUUUUCGAAAUUUAAAAAAAAUCCUAAUUUGCAAAAAUUGGGAAGCAAAUAUUAAUUUAAUUUGCAAAAUUUAUGUUUUAAAACGCAAUUUGUUUAAAAUUAAACAGAAUUAGCUCUAGAUUUCAUUAUACUAAUUAUCACUUAUAUAUCAAAAUUUUUUUCCAUUAAAAUUUUUUCUAUUAAAAAUAUUUUUGUUCACUCACGGAGGGUGGGUUUUUGGUCAAAAAAUGGCGAUUUUUCUAAUGGUUUUGUUCGCUCACGGAGGGGGGGGGGGGAGUUAAAGAUAUUGGAUUUAGUGUUGGAGGAGUUUACUGCAUUGACUGUACAUUUUUAUCAGACCCUACAAAAUAUAUUUCUGCUUCUUUAAUGGCUUUAGCUGCCAUGAAUCAAUUAGAAGUCCCACACACAAACAUAUUGACAAAAUGUGAUUUAAUAUCUAAUAAAGAAUCACUUGAAGAGAUGCUUGAUACAGAUCCAAGUGAAAUUGCACUAGGUAUUGCUAAAAGUGCGUAUUCUGCGAAAUUUAAAUCAUUUACAGAGUCCAUUGCAAAAGUUCUGACUGAGUUUAAUUUAGUCCAAUUUAUACCAUUGGAUUUAUCAGAUGAAGACUCUAUUAGAAAUGUGGUAUACCAAAUUGAUCAGAGUAUUCAAUAUGGAGAAAACCUUGAAAGCAAAAUCAAUGAAGAUGCUAUGGAGCAGGAUUAUUAG